AUGGUUGAUAUUGAAACUACUGAACUUGGAGCUAUAAGAGAGUUGAAAUUAUGGAGAAAAUAUUGUACAAAUUUCAAAAGUGAAAAUGCAAUCGACACAUAUCUUCAGUAUGAUGAAAAUGUUUUCCCCAUAGUUCAUAAACUUUUAAAAUAUCUGAUUACCCUUCCUGUAACUACAGCAUCAGGAGAAAGAUCAUUUUCUACCUUAAAGCAUUUAAAAACAUAUCUUAGAAACACAACAUCAGAAAAUAGAUUGAACGGUUUGGCGCUUCUAAAUAUACAUCAAGAAAUUAAAAUUACACCUGAAAAUGUUUUAAACUUAUUAUCAGCUAAUGCCAGAAAAUUAAACAUUAAACUAGAUUAA